AUGGCCUUUCCUUUCCUGCGGGCCUUUGUUGCGCUCUUUGUGUAUCGCUACCUUCGCCUCGUGGUGAAUCUGAUCUCCUUCUGGACAUUUAAACCGAUCCCGCCCCCCGAGUUCCCAAAAUUGACCUCUCAAGAUGUCACGGUUAUUAUUCCCUCGUUAGAUGGCUGCGGCGCAGAGCUGGUAGAAACCAUCCGCUCGAUCUUGGAAAAUCAGCCCUUUGAGAUCCUCUUGGUAACAAUCGAGGCCAAUCGGAAGAAGGCUGAAUCCAUGCUGAAAGUGAUGCCGGCCUCCAAAUCCCGAAUCCGUCUCUUUACUGUCACUCACCCUAACAAGCGGCGCCAGAUGACCAGAGCCAUCCCGGAGGUCCGCACGUCCAUCACUCUUCUAGCCGACGACGACGUGAGCUGGCCGUCAACCGUACUCCCAUGGAUCCUGGCGCCAUUUGAAAAAGAUGAGCGCUACGGCGGCGUGGUGACCUGCCAGCGGCUGCGUCGAGCUAUCGCGCCAACCCUCUCACAGCGCGUCUGGGGGUUCCUGGGCGCGUUGUAUCUGGAGCGACGCAACUUCGACUGCGGGGCUACGACCAAUAUAGACGGAGGAUUGCCAUGCAUGUCGGGCCGGACGGUGGCUUAUCGAACCAAGAUCCUUCAGGACGAGGGUUUUACAUAUGCUUUCACUAAUGAGGAGUGGUGGUAUGGAAAGUAUCAGCUCAAUGCCGACGAUGAUAACUUUAUCACACGUUGGAUGGUUUCCCAUGGAUGGGAGACUUAUAUGCAGUAUCACCCUGAAGCGGAGGUGCUCACUACAUUGGAGGAUAACCCCCGAUUCCUGAAGCAAUGCGCGCGUUGGUCUCGAAGCAAUUGGCGGAGCAAUCUGUCCAGUAUGUUCCACGAGAAGCACAUUUGGUAUCGUCAGCCUUGGAGCUCAUAUGCCGUACACCUGACAACUUUGUCGCCUCCCGCUCUGUUGGGUGACUUGUUACUUGUUUGGUUGUGUCACCGAGGGACCGCUCCAUGGGGUGAAGUCCUUCAUAGUCGUGCCAUGAACGCGCUCAUUCUGUGGGUGUUUACGAGCAAAUGGAUCAAGCUCUUGGGUCAUUAUAUCCGGUAUCCGGUUGAUGUGUUCCUAUUGCCUGUGUCCGUGCUAUUUGGUUAUUUCCACGGCGCGAUCAAGAUGUACGCUGUGAUGACACUGAAUGUGACCACAUGGGGUAGCCGUGAUGGCGCUGACGAUUAUGAUGCGGAGCGCAUGAAGAGACGUACUGCUGCCGAUCGCAAAAAGCAGCCUUACCCUUACUACCCCAGCUAUCUCACCAAAUAG